ACUACUAUAUAACAAAUAAUUUGAGCUUGGAACGUGUCCUUCACAAAAUGAUCAAACCAAAGAAGUACGACUGGAAGGACAGCAACCUCGCUCUUUUUGGAAGUGAUGUGGAGAAAGGUGUUAAAAAGGACUCAGCUAACGCAGAGCCUGCUUGGCAUGGAUCAGGACAAGAAGUGGGUCUUGAGAUCUGGAGGGUUGUAAAGUUCAAGAUAGAGAAGUGGGCCAAGGAAGAUUACGGCAAGUUCUUCAGCGGCGAUUCCUACAUCGUUCUCAACACAUACAAGAACCCUGAUGAGGAAGAUCUGGAGUACGACCUCCAUUUCUGGAUUGGAAAGUAUUCCACUCAAGAUGAGUACGGUACUGUGGCGUACAAGACUGUUGAACUGGAUACCUUCCACAAUGACAAACCUGUUCAGCAUCGCGAGAUCCAAAGCAACGAGUCGACCAUGUUUUCCUCUUACUUCCCUAACGGAAUCAGUCUGAUGAAAGGAGGAGCUGACAGUGGUUUCAAACACGUCAAACCGACCGAAUACAAACCAAGACUCUUCCAGUUUGUUGGUACCACUUACGCUAACACUGUAAUCAAGGAGGUUGGCCUCUACAAGCAAUCACUCAACAAGGAAGAUGUCUUUGUUCUUGACAACGGUCUCCAGAUCUACCAGAUCAAUACUCCCAACUGUGACAAAGACGAAAAGGUAAAAGCAAUGCACCACUGUCUGAAGAUAAAGAGUGAGAGAUGUGGACGACCCAAGGUCGAAACUAUUGACGAUGACCCUCUUAAACACGAUGUGGUAGCGGGAGUACUAGGAGAUAAGAACAAGAAGGAAAAGGCUCCAGCUCCAGGACCACACUCCAAGAAGCUUAUCAGGGUAAGCGAUGAUUCAGGAACCCUAAAGAUGGACACAGUUGCCGAAGGCUCAUUUGAAGUUGACGACUUGGACCCUAAGGAUGUGUUCAUUGUUGAUUUGGAAAAGUCAAUCUACGUUUGGGUUGGAGAAGGUGCCAGUGCGGAAGAAAAGAAGAACGGUAUGUCUUAUGCUCAUACCUACGUAUCCAAGACAGACAGGCCCCUCAGAAGUAUUUCGGUCGUUAACCAACGUCGUGCUCACCACAUGUACGCGGAUAUGAAGGCUUAAUUAAUUAAUUGAUUAAUUAACUCCCGAAAACAAGGAAAUGUUUUUUUCUGGGCAUACUGAGGAACAAAAGGGCAUAUUUUGAGCAUUUUAUCUGACAUAUUAUUGUUUUCCUUUUAUUCGUUUUGUUGAAUCUUUUUGACCUUCCUUUUUAAACACUAUUUUUUGGCUAUAUCGUGGCUCUUGUAGAAAAACCUAAUUCUGAUUGUGUAAUUAUAUAAUUAAUGUGCUCGAUAAUUUGUGGAUGAUUAUAAUUAUGGUUAUUUAAUUUUGUAAAACCCGAAGAA